AUGGCGUUGGGCAUCAAACAGUUUAUCAAUGUCGCAGGCAUUGUGAGGGAUCUCAAAAGCUUCAAUUUCAGCGUGUACGGACAGUGGUUCGGAUACAUAAACAUCGUGCUGUGCAUGGCGCUUGGAAUCGCGAAUUUGUUCCAUGUGAGCGCGGUGAUAGUGUUUGGUAUCAUCAGCAUUGUCCAGAGUUUGGUCAUUUUGUUCAUAGAGGUGCCAUUUCUACUGCGGAUCUGUCCGCUGAGCGACAAUUUCAUUGCGUUCAUCAAGCGAUUCGAGACGAACGCGAAACGGACCUUGUUCUACGUGGUGAUGGCCGUGAUCCAGUGGUGUUCGCUCGCGGUGAUGGUCACGAGCCUGAUCGUCGUGGCCAUCGGACUCACGAUAUCCGCUGCGAGCUACGCGGUAGCGCAUUUCCGGCACCAGCAGUUCCAAAACACAAGCAUCAUCAAAAACCCAGCGGACGACGAUUUCCCGCACGAAGCCGUUGUGCGCGAGAUGCUGUGA